CCAUUCUCCAUCCAGAUUAUCGAUCCAAAUCAAAAUUCGUAGAAAUUUAUUUUGUUUCUCUUUCUGAAGAAAAUGGCGAAGCAGGAAUCUCACAGUGAAGCCGGCUCCAUUGCCUCCGAUCUCAUUCACUUCCUAAAUACUUCUCCGACAGCAUUUCAUGCCGUUGAUGAGGCAAAGAAGCGUUUGAUAAAUGUUGGAUACGUCCAAAUUUCUGAGAGAGAAGAUUGGAAGCUGGAACCUGGCAAGCGAUAUUUCUUCACUAGGAAUCACUCUACAAUUGUUGCUUUUGCUAUUGGAAAAAAAUACGUUGCUGGAAAUGGAUUUUAUGUGGUUGGUGCUCACACCGAUAGUCCUUGCAUUAAGUUGAAGCCUGUUUCCAAGGUAACGAAAGGCGGGUAUUUGGAGGUUGGAGUUCAGCCAUAUGGAGGUGGUCUAUGGCAUACAUGGUUUGAUCGUGACUUGACUGUGGCAGGACGGGUAAUAGUAAGGGAAGAAAAGGAUGGUUCUGUUUCCUUUUCACACCGACUGGUUAGAAUACAGGAACCUAUUAUGCGUGUGCCUACCCUGGCAAUUCACUUAGACAGGAACGUCAAUAGUGAUGGGUUUAAGGUGAACACACAGAGUCAUCUUAUUCCUAUAUUGGCAACUUCUAUUAAGGCAGAGCUCAAUAAAGCAGUUGCUGAAAAUGGUUCCAUCAGAAAUGAAACUGAUGGGAAGAAAUCUACCUUUUCCACGAAGCAUCACCUCCUUCUACUAGAGAUGAUUGCAAGUCAAAUUGGUUGCAAACCAGACGAUAUAUGUGAUUUUGAAUUACAAGCAUGUGAUACUCAACCAAGUAUAAUAGGUGGUGCUGCUCAAGAAUUUAUUUUCUCUGGAAGGCUCGAUAAUCUUUGCAUGUCAUUUUGCUCUCUAAAGGCACUGAUAGAUGCUACAUCUUCAGAAAGCAAUCUUGAAGAUGAGAGUGGUGUUAGAAUGGUGGCAUUGUUUGAUCAUGAGGAGGUUGGAUCUGAUUCAGCACAAGGAGCUGGAUCUCCUGUUAUGUUAGAUGCUCUAUCACGGAUCACAAGUUCCUUCAACUCUGAUUCUAAGCUGCUUCAAAAAGCAAUUCAGAGGAGUUUCCUUGUAUCUGCUGACAUGGCACAUGCCCUUCAUCCCAAUUAUAUGGACAAACAUGAAGAGAAUCAUCAGCCGAAGAUGCAUGGAGGGCUCGUGAUCAAACACAAUGCAAAUCAACGCUAUGCAACCAAUUCAGUCACUUCCUUCCUAUUUGGGGAGAUAGCGUCAAUGCAUAACCUUCCUGUUCAGGAAUUCGUGGUCCGCAAUGACGUUCCUUGUGGUUCGACCAUAGGUCCAAUCCUAGCGAGUGGGGUGGGGAUUCGUACAGUUGAUGUAGGUGCCCCACAAUUAUCAAUGCACAGUAUCCGGGAGAUGUGUGCAGUUGACGAUGUCAAGUAUUCAUACGAGCAUUUCAAGGCGUUUUUCCAAGAGUUCUCUCAUCUGGAUGCAAAGAUCACAGUUGACAUGUAGAUCUUUGCACUGAGGUCUUUUUGGAACCUUCUAAAUAAGUCAGAAAGGCAUCGUGCCUAAAUGAUUACAAAUGAUGACAUUGUUACAUUGUAGCUUGCAGCAUCAAUACGACAGCUUUGAGAUGAUAUUGCUAAAGUACUGAUUUUCAAGACAAUAGAAAAAAUACUACGCUAGAAAAUGACCCUUGGGAGGUUGUGGAAUAAAUCCAGCUACACUCGUGUCA